GUCGGAAUAUGGAGUAGGUUGAAGGUACGAACUGAAGGCGACGCUCACAAUUUAAAGAUGUCCAAGCUAAUAUAGGUUGAGCGUUUACCAAAUAACGGAUAUUGCUAUAGUAAAAUGCAAACGAGUAUUAUAAUAUGAAAUGCAAAUCUGGAACUUGCUCUUUCACUGGCAUCGCUGAGACGCAGCAGCACCAACAAUGGUUGAGUCACCAAAUUGGAGAGAAAAACUUGGCAAAGCAUGUAUCCCGCAGAGGUACAUCCUCGCAAUUAUGGGCCUUUUGGCCAUUGUGAACGCGUACACAAUGAGGGUCAGUCUUUCGGUGGCCAUCGUUCAAAUGGUCGGCAAGGGCAACAGUUCGUCAAACGUUGACCCCAACUCUUGUCCUUACCCAGGCGACAAUGGCGAAGAAGUUGUAGAGGGCGAGUUUGACUGGGACUCGGAGACGGUGGGAAUCAUCCUAAGCUCAUUCUUCUGGGGCUACAUUAUUACGCAUUUGCCAGGCGGAAUCUUGGCGGAAAAAUGGGGUGGAAAAUACCUGCUCAGCGUCGGAAUUCUCAGCACCGCUUUUUUCACCCUCCUCUCUCCGACGGCGGCCAAGUACGGCGGCUCGGGGUGGUUUAUCGCCGUUAGGGUGCUCAUGGGAUUAGGAGAGGGAACAACUUUCCCGGCGCUGAACACCCUUUUAGCGCAGUGGAUUCCUGUACAGGAGAGAAGCUUUUGGGGCACCAUGGUGUUUGCUGGAACGCAAAUCGGCACCGUAAUUGGCACAGCCCUCAGCGGCGUCCUGAUUGAAGCUUGGGGCUGGGAGAGCGUCUUUUACUUUUUUGGCACUUGCGCCAUCAUCUGGUUUAUUAUUUUCACCCUGAUCUGCUACAGCUACCCUGAAGACCACCCGUACAUUACGGCCAAGGAAAAACAGUUCCUUGCAGAAAAGCUUGGGGACACUGUCAACAGAGAUCUCCCGCCGAUUCCUUGGCGCUCGAUUUUAACUUCCGUGCCUUUGUGGGGCCUCGUUGCCGCCCAAAUAGGUCACGACUGGGGCUUUUACACGCUGGUCACUGACCUGCCUUUGUACAUGAGCGACGUUCUUCACUUCAGCAUUGGCAAAAAUGGUCUCUAUUCCUCGCUGCCCUACCUAGUAAUGUACGUAAUUUCAAUGUCUUCUGGCCUGCUGGCCGACUUUUUGAUGACGAGAGGCUACGUCAGCAUUACGAACGUCAGAAAAAUCUUCACGUCCAUCGCGUCCUUCUUCCCUGCGGUUGGUCUGAUCGCCGCUUCCUACGCUGGCUGCGACGAAGUGGCCGUGAUUGUCAUCUUCACGAUUUUCGUCGGACUCAUGGGCACCUUCUACCCUGGCAUGAAGGUGAACGCUCUCGACCUGAGUCCCAACUACGCGGGCACCCUGAUGGCGAUCGUCAACGGCAUCGGUUCUUUGACAGGAAUCAUCACGCCUUAUCUUGUUGGCGUUCUCACUUAUGACCACACUGCCCUGCAAUGGAGGACGGUGUUCUGGAUCGUGUUUGGGGUCAUGAACAUUACCAACAUCAUCUACGUGUUCACGGCUUCAGGUGAAGUCCAGCCUUGGAACUGGGGAGAGGGAGGUCGCAACCCCAAAGACGCCGAUGACCAAGUCCAACAUAACGAAAAAGCUGAGAAGGUCGAGAAUGAGAAACGCAAAGAAUCGCAUUAAAAGAUUGGAAACCGGAGAACAUUAUUUUCAUUAAAUUAAUUUCAUUAAAUUGAUGUUAAAAAAAAUCAUGUGACGCAUCCAAAUAAAUUAUAAGAGUAAAU